AGCAAACGUUUCACUGCGAAUAUGUCAAAGGUCGGCCAUGAAGUGCGCGAAACAACAAAUAAAUAUACAAAUACAUCAAGAACAAAUAUAUUAUUAUAUGUGUAAACAUAAUAAAACACUGGAAAGACGUUUAAACACAAUUCUCGCGCUGUAAUUAAGUUUAGUAGUUAGCAAAAAAAAAAACUAAUCAAGGAUCAUCGAACACACACACACACAUCAAUCAUUCCAUCACAUAUUGCUGCGUCUGCGAGACUGAAACUGCUCCAAAAAAAUAGAACCACAAAUUAAAACGGAAACUCCUGUGGCCGCAGAGAGCAGGAGGCGGCAAACUUAGAUACACUUGACACGGUUUAUCGAGGAGCAGCAACAGCAUCAAAAUUAAGCCAAAUAGACGAGCAAAUCCUAAAACAGCGCAGCGUCGCGUCAACGGACGCGUAACGGACAUUUCUGUGUGCCGCUGCGUUGCAAAAAUCUGAUGGAUGGAAAUGCACAAAAUAUGUUUCACGGAAAUCAUCAAGGAGAUCCCUAUUAUCGGUAUGAUACGGCCGCAGCAAGCCGCCGCGCCGCAGCGGCAAAUCCCAGAGCGAUGGGCCCACCCGGCGGCUAUCCGCCGCGUCAUCGGGCGCCGCAUCCGCUACAGCAGCAGCCACAAUACCCAUCGUACCAGCCAACGGCGGAGAAUCUCUACGGGCUGGGGGCCGCCGAUCAGCAUGCGAUCAUGGGCGUUGGCGCCGGCAUGGGCGAUCUAAGCGGCUGGGGUGCAGCACCCUCAGUGCCUGGCCAGGCAGGUGCCUAUCCGGGCGCCGGCCUGGGCGCUUAUGGACAUCCGCAGGCAGCGCCGCCGACGCAGCAGCAGCGUCAAAGCAAUGCCAGCGCCUAUCGCCAGCACAUGCCCGCCUAUGGACAGCAGGAGCAGCAAAAGUUAGCGCCCUAUGGCGCUCAGCAGGCCAUGAUGGGUGGCUAUGGCAGUCUGGCGCCGCAGCAGCAACAACAGCAGCAGCAGCAACAACCGCCCACGCCACAGCAGCAACAACAACAGCAGCAGCAGCAACAGAGUCAGCAGCAGGCUCGAUUGCCGCAGCAUUAUCCACAGGCGCCAGGACAGCAUCCGCUGUAUCCAGGCGCACCCACACAAGCAGCGCAGCCAACUGCACCACAGGCAUAUGCACACAGUCCUUAUGGCAGUCCCAUGCAGCAUCAGCCAGGACGCGGUGCACCACAGCAUGUGGGCGUGGGCGUUGGUUAUCAUGCGCUGGAUCAGGCUUCGGCUUAUGGGCAGCAUGUGCCAAGUGCUGCAGUGCCGCCAACGCAUCAUCUGACCGCGCAGCAGCAGCAGGCUGCGCAUCAGCAGCAACAGUUGCAGACGCAACAGCAGCAGCAGGCACAACAACAGCAGCAGCAACCAAACCACGUUAGUCUCAUGCAGCAGCAGCAGCUGCCUGGGGCUGGUUUGCCACCGCCGCAUAUGGGCAUGCCGCCCAGCUAUGGCAGCCACCAUCAGCAGCAACAGGCACAACAACAACAGCAGCAACAGCAGCAGCAACAACAACAGCAGCAGCAACAAAGCGCGCCACCCUACAUGUCCAGCAGCAAGCAUCAGGCGCAGGCGUCGCCACAGUAUCGUGCACCGUUUCCGCAGCUGUCGCCACAAAUGUCACCGCGUCCGCCCACCAUGUCGCCGCAUCCACAAAUGUCGCCCCGACCAGUGGGUGUUUCACCAGCGAAGCCGCCGCCGCAAGCAGCGCAGCAGCAGCAAGUGCAACAGGUGCAGCAGCAGCAGCAGCAGGUCAACUCACCCAGUCAGCAUAGCAUACAAGGCAUGGUCGGUCUGCCCUCGCCACGCCCACAGCCGCCCAGCACAGUGGGCAGCGGCAAGAGCGCUGUGGUGCCCACAGUGCCGCCUGUGAAUACUUUGCAAGCGCUCGAACAAAUGGUUAUGCCCAGUCAGGCGCAUGGACUGCCGCCCAUGGAUUACCCCACAGCGUAUCGCAGCGCAAGCGUCAUGGGUCCACGCAUGCCCGCCUCACCCUCGCCACAGCAUCAUCAGCAAUGGGGUGCGCAGCAUAUGGCCGCCAUGCAGCAGCAGCAGGCGCCACAGCAGCCAGCACCGCAACAGCAGCAACAACAACAGCAGCAGCAGCAACAGCAAGCACAGCAGCAACAAGCGAAUGCCAUGUUGCAGCAGCAGCAUCAGCAACAUCAGCUGAGCAUGUAUGGCCAGAGUAUGGCGCCAGUGCCAGUGCCCGUUGCACCACAAGCAACGCCAGUGGUGCCACAAGCGCCGCAGCCAACUGCGCCAGUUGCUGUGCCCGUGCAACAGCAGCAGCUGCAACAGCAACAACAACAACAGCAGCAGCAACAACAGGCAGCGCAGGCGCAACAGCAGCUCAAUGAGCAGCUGCAGCAUUCCAUCAACGAUAUUGUUGGCAGUGGCAAUCAGCAGCAGCAGCAGUUGUCCUCAUCGCCGCUCCAUCAGCAAAGCUUGCCCAGCAUGCAUCAUUUAAGCAGCGCACAUCAUCAGCAGCAGCAGCAACCAAGUGGCAUGGAGGUAGCAGCAACAGCAGCAGCACAACAGACACAGCAGCAACAGCAUGCGCAGCUGCAGCAGCAACAUCAGUCUGUAGCAUCACCGCAUCAGCAGCAUAUGCCCAGCUAUACAAGCAGUCAGCAGCAGCAGCAACAACAACAGCAGCAGCAACAUCAGCAAUUUGAUGCAUUUGCCAAUUUGCUGGCAGAGCAGCCAACGCCAGCUGCAGCAGCAGCAACACAGCAAACAAUGUCGCCAGUGCAUGUAAGCUCGCCAAUACCACAGAUGCAGCAGCAGCAGCAGCAACAACAAAUGCAGGCACAACAACAACAGUUGCAGGCGCAGGUUCAGCAGCAACAAGCAGCGCCAGUUGUUACGCCCAGCACGCCCUCAACGCCCUCGCUACACUUAAGCAGCAUCCUCAAUGAAACAGCCAACUCGAAUGAUUCGUCCACGCUCGCAGUUGCCGCCAACGACAGCAACAAUAGCAGCAGCAACAGCAGCACCAACAGCAUCGUCAACAAUCAGCCCACCUCAGUGCACGACAGCAAUUCGCAGAGCAGCAUCAACAGUAACAAUCAGCAGCCAUUGCUCAGCAGCAUGGAUGGAGUAACCAACAGCAUGCUCAACUCCUCGGACUCGACGCAUACGUCACAGCAUGUGCCAAGUGAUGUUGGCCUAUUCGACAACAACUCGAUGAGCUCAACAAGUGCAGCAGCUGUUGCGGCUGCUUCGAAUGCAGCUUCGGCAGCAGCAGCAAUGCUCGACAGCAAUUCACAAUCUUCGAAUGCAGAUUUCGACAAGAGCAACUGCGAGUCGGAGCAGCAGCAGACUACAGCGCCUGAGCUGUGUCAGGAUGACAGCAGCGUGUCCAAAACGCAUACAGAGACGCUUAGCGAGACGACGCUGCCCAUGCAGGAUGAGCCGGAGAAGCCAAGCAUACAAACUACAGAUGAGUUGCUGGAGCAGACGCAACAGGCGCUCAGCGAGCUGUCGGCAGUGCAAGAGGAAGGCAAAAGCAUCGACGAGCAUAGCGAGGAAAAGACUCAAGCCAUGCUGGAUGCUCAGCAGACAAAUGUCAUGGGCAUGCCGCCACAUCCUUUGAGUGGCUACGAGGCGCAGCAAACGCCUGCAGUGCCGCCAGUAGCACCACCACCACCACCACAUAUGCCGCCAGCAAUGAUGCCGCCAUAUGGUGGCGCAGCGCCCGGCAUGUAUCCGCCGUAUCCGAUGCUGCAUCAGCAAGAGAUUGCUGCACUGCAGCAGCAAAUACAGGAACUCUACUGCAUGCCGCCCGGACUUGAGCCGCAGCAUCAGGAGAAGCUUAUGCGACUGCAGGAGCGUCUAAAUCUGCUGCAACAACAUGAGGUGACCGAGCAAUGCGCCGGUGGACCACAGUGUCUGCUCUUCCAGAGCAUGCCGCCCAUGUAUGGCAGCAGUGCGCUGCACAAUCAAAUGAUCGAGAGUCCCCAAGUGUCCAGCACCACAGGCAGAGGGCGUGGCAAAGGCGCAAAUAAACCACGCAAGCCACGAGCCAAGAAGGGCGACAAAUCCGCUGCAGCACAACAGCAACAGGAGCUAAUGGAUAUUAGUGGAAAUGUCGUAGUAGCCGCCAGCACCACCAACACACAGCUGCCCGUAUCCGAGGAUUGUGUAACGCAGGGCGCAGGUGAUACCAGCGUUGUGGGCAUGCUCGAGUACAGCGAGGGCAUGGGUGACUUGUCCCAGGACUUGGAUGAGCUGGAUACCUCUACCGAUGGCAGCGGCAAGAAAAAGAAGCCGCGCAAGCCACGCACGCCAAAGGAUCCCAAUAAGCCGCCACGUGAUCGUACGCCCAAGCCUAAGAAGCAAGCACGUGAUCCCAAUGAUCCCAGCACCAAUGUAGAAUCACCUGGGACUGGUGGCGCCACGGCCAGCGCACGCAAGCGCGGCUCCAGCAGCAAGCGACGCAAGCAGUUUGGUGACGAUGGUGCUGAGCAGGCGGGCGAGGGCAGCGAAUUGGAAGAUAACAAGCCAUUGGUUGCCAAGUCUGGCGAUGGUGAGUCUGAGAUUAGCGGUGUAGGCGUUGACGGAGAAUCUCCCGACUAUGAUGAUAUACCUGUGUCCAAAAUACCACGCGGUGCCAACGAUGAAGACAAAGAUGCCGAUGCCGGCGAUGAAACUGUGGACUCCGUGCCUGACUCUGCAGGCGAUGCCACCAGCACACCCAGUCGACGCGAUCGCAAACGUUCCACUGCACGCUCGCGACGUAAUGCCAACUCCGAGGAGGGAGGCAGCAGUGCGCGACGUAAUCGCAGCUCAUUGAGCGCAAAGGCUUUAAAGAAGCGACGCAAUCGCGGACGCAUUGUGCCCGAGUCGGAUGGCGAGGAUGAUACCUUGGAACGCACACCGCCACCAUCACCACCACCAGAUGCCGAGCUGGACUCCAACAAGCGCCGCUCUUCGCGCAAUACACAACGCAAAAAAUACAUUGAUGACGUCAUGCUGCGUUUCUCCGAUGAUGAGAACUCGCUGCUGGUAGCUUCACCUGUUAAAAAGGAGAAGAAAGCAGCAGCUACUACUGCCAAUUCUAAUGCCGGCAGCGAUGUGGAGAAAACUGAAGCACAGUCUGGCGCUGAAGGCGAAGCUGGCAGUGAGCGCUCAGCAGGUGAUGAGAAACCCAGUCAAUCCUUGGAUGAUACCAACAGUCAGCUGGAGGCUAGUUCCAGCACCAGCGCAGCUGAGAAGGCAGCACACAGCGCUAGUGAGCAAGCAGCAGCCGCAUCAGCCAUGUCGUCCAAGCCAAACUAUGUAUAUAUAAAUACUGGAGACGAGGAUAGCAUGGUGGUGCAGCUUGUGCUGGCCAUGCGCAUGGGUAAGCGUGAGCUUAUACCCGACAAGCCGAAGGAGAAGACGCCAGAGCCGUCAGCUGACAAAAAAGAGGAUGAAAAGGAAAACGCAGAGCCAAGCAAAGAGCCUACAACUGAAGCUACAGAGAAAACUGCUGAGGAGGCCAAACCAGAAACUGAGACCAAGACAGAAGAUGAGCCAACGCUCAAAGAGGAAGCCAAGGCAGCUGAAGAACAAAAAAUGGAAGUAGAUGAAAAGCCAGAAGAUAAGGAAGAAGAAAAAGAAGCAGAUGAAGAAAGCACUACUACCGAAGAAAAGGCAGAGGAGAACAAUAUGGAAGUCGAUGAGCCUGCUGAGAAAGUUUCGGAAGAAGAUACAGAGAAAUCAGAGCAAAGCUCAAGCGAAGAGGAAACUAAAUCCGAGGCCAAUACUGUAGAGGAAACCUCAAAGUCAGCUGAUACAGACAAAGAGGAAGACGACACAGAAACAGCAGAAGUUAAAAGUGUAAAGCCAACUGGGGAGGAGGAGGAAGAGAAAAUGGAAGUAGACAGCGAAACUAAAGAGAAAGACAAAGAAGCAACAACAACAGAAGAAGACGAGACUAAAGUCAAGCCAGAAGCAACAGCCGAAAAAUCCGACGAAGACAAAGAAAACAAAACACAGUCAAGCGAAGAGAAAGAAGACAAGAAGGAAGACGAGGAGACCAAGGAUAAGGAUAAGCCCGAGCCCGUCUACAUUGAAGUGGAGGAAUACUUUGUCAAAUAUCGCAACUUCAGUUACUUGCACUGCGAAUGGCGCACCGAAGAGGAACUGCUCAAAGGUGAUCGUCGUGUGGCUGCCAAAGUGCGUCGCUUCCAACAAAAGCAAGCUCAGCAAAUUAACAUAUUCGAAAACAUCGAAGAGGAGCCCUUCAAUCCCGACUUUGUGGAGGUAGAUCGUGUUCUGGAUAUGUCUGUGCAUACGGACGAGAAUACGGGUGAGACAACCAAGCACUACUUAGUGAAAUGGAAAUCGCUGCCGUAUGAGGACUGCACCUGGGAGCUGGAAGAGGAUGUUGAUAAUGAUAAAAUUGAGCAAUAUUUGCGCUUCAAUAAAGUACCAUUGCGUUGUGAGUGGAAGAGUCGCAAGCGUCCACAUCCGGAGCAAUGGAAAAAGCUGGAGAAGACUCCAAUAUACAAAGCUGGCAAUAGUCUGCGUCCCUAUCAGCUGGAAGGUCUCAAUUGGUUAAAAUUCAGCUGGUACAAUUCACACAAUUGCAUACUGGCCGAUGAAAUGGGUCUGGGCAAAACUAUACAGAGCUUAACCUUUGUGCAUUCGGUAUACGAAUAUGGCAUACGUGGUCCAUUUUUGGUCAUCGCACCAUUGUCUACGAUACCCAAUUGGCAGCGUGAAUUCGAAGGCUGGACUGAUAUGAAUGUGGUGGUCUACCAUGGUUCGGUCACCAGCAAACAAAUGAUACAAGACUAUGAGUUUUACUACAAAACCGAAAGCGGCAAAGUCCUAAAGGAGCCCAUCAAAUUUAAUGUGCUUAUUACCACCUUUGAAAUGAUUGUGACGGAUUACAUGGAUCUUAAGGCCUUCAAUUGGCGUCUGUGUGUUAUAGAUGAAGCACAUCGCUUGAAGAAUCGCAAUUGUAAAUUGCUGGAGGGCUUGCGUCAGUUGAAUUUGGAGCAUCGCGUACUGCUCUCAGGCACACCGCUACAGAAUAACAUAAGUGAGCUGUUCUCGCUGCUGAAUUUCCUGGAGCCCAGUCAGUUCUCCUCGCAAGAGGAAUUCAUGUCUGAGUUUGGCAGUCUGCGCACUGAGGAGGAAGUGAACAAGCUGCAAGUGCUGCUUAAGCCCAUGAUGUUGCGACGUCUCAAAGAUGAUGUAGAGAAGUCUCUGGCACCCAAAGAGGAAACAAUUAUAGAAGUCGAACUUACCAACAUACAAAAGAAAUAUUAUCGCGGCAUUUUGGAACAAAACUUUAGUUUUCUCAAAAAGGGCACCACCUCGGCGAAUAUACCGAAUCUAAUGAACACCAUGAUGGAGUUGCGCAAAUGCUGCAUACAUCCUUAUUUGCUUAAUGGCGCCGAGGAGCAAAUCCAAUAUGACUUUAAGGCACAGCAUGGCGAAGAUCCCGAGUCAUAUUACAAAAACUUGAUAUUGUCUGCGGGUAAAAUGGUUUUGAUUGACAAACUGUUGCCCAAGCUAAAAGCCAAUGGACAUCGUGUGCUUAUCUUCAGUCAAAUGGUGCGCUGUCUCGAUAUACUAGAGGAUUAUCUGGUGUAUCGAAAAUAUCCCUUUGAGCGCAUAGAUGGACGCAUUCGUGGCAAUUUGCGUCAGGAGGCUAUUGAUCGUUACUCUAAACCUGGCUCGGAUCGUUUUGUAUUCUUGCUUUGCACCAAAGCUGGUGGCUUGGGCAUUAAUCUUACCGCUGCCGAUACGGUUAUCAUAUAUGAUUCAGAUUGGAAUCCUCAGAACGAUUUGCAGGCACAAGCGCGUUGCCAUCGCAUUGGACAACGCAAAAUGGUCAAAAUCUAUCGUUUGCUUUGCCGUAAUACCUAUGAACGUGAAAUGUUUGACAAGGCUUCGAUGAAGCUGGGUCUGGACAAGGCUGUGCUGCAGUCGAUGAACACACACGGCUCCAAGGAUGGCAACAACAAGCAGCUGACCAAAAAGGAAAUUGAAGAUUUGCUCAAAAAGGGCGCCUAUGGUGCUGUUAUGGACGAUGAUAAUGCUGGUGACAAGUUUUGUGAGGAGGAUAUUGAUUCAAUAUUGAAACGACGCACGCAGAUUAUAACUAUGGAAUCUGAAAAGGGUUCUACUUUCUCCAAAGCGUCAUUUGCCGCCUCUGGCAAUCGCUCAGACAUAACAAUAGAUGAUCCUGACUUUUGGACUAAAUGGGCCAAACGCGUGGACAUUGAUCCCGAUGCAUGUGAACGGGAUGAGACUGAGGAUUUGGUUUUAUCCGAACCCAGGCGACGCACACAAAUAAAACGCUAUGGACAUGAGGAUGUUAUGGAAAUUAAUUCAGAAGAUUCAUCCAAUGAGAAUAGCGAUGAGGAGGGUGGCAUAGGUCUACGCUCGCGUCGUCGCAAGGAAAAACGCGAUCGCAAUCGCGAAAGAAAAGGCAAUGAUGAGUAUAUACCCAGAGAACGUGAUGCACUUGCUGCUUUGGGCCUGGAGGAAAUACAAUAUGGCAAUUGGGCAAAGUCGGAGUGCUUCAAAGUGGAAAAGGGACUGCUCUCAUUUGGCUGGGGUCGUUGGACUGAAUUGCUGGAAUUGGGACAAUUUAAGCGUGGCUGGCGUGACAUUGACAUUGAAGAUUGUGCACGCAUUAUACUGCUGUACUGCCUGCAGGUUUACAAAGGUGACGAGAAGAUCAAAACGUUUAUUUGGGAUCUCAUUACACCCACGGAGGAUGGCGAGGUGCAAAAGAUAAGCAGGGAUCAUAGUGGCCUGCAUAAUUUGGUGCCACGAGGUAGGAAUGCCAAAGAAACUGCCAAACAAAAUGUGAUUAAAGGUCGCAAUGGAGGCAAAUCCAACAAGGACUCAACGCCAGGCACCGCUUCGGGCAGCAACAGUGGCAACACUACGCCUGCGCACAAGUCCAGCGCCUUGGAUGCGGAUAAUAAGGAUAACAAUGGUGGCAUUUGUGCUAGCGCUGUGGCCGCCGCUGUGGUGAAUCCCACAAGCAUACACGACCCGAAUCACUGGAGCAAGAAGGAGAAAUAUGAUGCGGAUGCGUAUCUGGAGGGCGCGUAUAAGAAGCAUUUGGGCAGACACGCGAAUAAGGUUUUGCUGCGCGUCAGAAUGUUGUAUUAUAUACAGCAUGAGAUAAUUGGUGAAUUUGUGCAACAGAUUAAGGAUAAUACGCCGAUCAGCAGUAUGAAAGCUAAGCAGCUAGCAGCUUUCAAUUUGGAAAGCGAGCUACCCAUACGCCCGCCGCCAACGCCAGAUCAAGUGCCAUCCUCAUGGUGGAAUCCCAUUUGUUGUGAUAAGAGUCUAUUGGUCGGAACCUACAAACACGGCUGUGAAAUGUAUCGUCAAAUGCGCGCCGAUCCGAAUCUCUGCUUUGUCACCCACGUGGGCGCCGGUGUCGGUGACGAUUUGGCCGUCACGAAUUUGCCAAUAAACGAGGACGAUGCAAAUUCGAAACAUGAUGACGGCGAUGAGGUUGAUGACGAUGCCACCACCACCACCAAAGACUCGGACUCGACCAAGCACACGGCUGGCGAUAUUAAGGACUCACUUGAUCCGGAGCGUCCCAGUUCGUCGGGCUUAGACGAGGAGGAAAGCGUUGCCGGCAGCUAUCCACCCACGCUGGCCGCCGUCGAAGAUGCUACCAUGUGGCCAUCCAUGCAGGAUCUGAAUACGCGUCUGCGUCGCGUCAUCACCGCCUAUCAGCGCAACUACAAGAAAGAGGAACUGAAGCUACAGCAAAAGGCCAAGCUACAGGCGCUGGUCUCGUCAACGCCGACGCUAUCGGUGCCCACCACGCCCACACUGCAGUCCAUGCAAAUGCAAAUGCAGAACGCUGGCGCCGGCAGCGCUGCCAACAGCGGCAGCUCAGUCAGUCAGCUGCAACAGCAGCUAGACUCGAGCAAUCGCAGCCUCCAGGCUCUAAUGCAAUCGCAAGGCGCCAGCACCUCAGCUGCAGCCGCUGCUGCUGCCGCCGCUGCCGGUGGCGCAGGCUCCAGCGUUCACGGAUUGGGCCAGCAACAGCAGCAACAACAACAGCAGCAGCAACAGCAGCAGCAAGCAACGGUGCCGGCUAUACCCACCGCCGCCGACAUAAGCCUUAUGCUGAGCAUACUCAACACCACCGAUGUCAGCCAGCUGGCAAACUUGGAUAUCAACAAACUGGCCAUGUAUUUGGUCAGUAUGAACAAUAAAAUGGAGCGUCAGGGCAAGAUGGAGCUGGCGGCCAAGGAGCGCGAGUCGCAGCGUCUGCAGCUCAUUCCAAAGAAAUGGAACAGACGCGAGGAAUACGAAUUCCUACGCGUGCUCACCGGCUAUGGCGUUGAUAUGCAGUUGACCUCAUCUAUGGGCGGCAGCACUCACACCAACUCACCCACGCCAGAUUGGACAAAGUUCAAGCAGAUGGCGCAUCUGGAGCGCAAGAGUGAUGAGACACUCAGUGAUUACCACAAGGUCUUUGUGGCCAUGUGCAAGCGCCAAGCGGGACUGAAGUUAAAUGAGAAUGAGCGUGGCCUCGAGGGCAUCAUUGAGGAAGUGGAGAAGGAGCAUGCCAAGCUAAUAUUGGAUCGUCUGGAGCUGUUGGCCAAACUGCGUGAAGUUGCACGCAAUCCACAGCUGGAGGAGCGUCUGAAGCUCUGCACCAUGAAUGCGGAUACGCCCGACUGGUGGGAGCCAGGACGUCAUGACAAGGAGCUGAUUGCUGCUGUGCUCAAGCAUGGCCUCUAUCGCUCCGAAACCUUCAUAUUCAAUGAUCCCAACUUUAGCUUCUGCGAGAGCGAGAAGCGCUUCAUAAGAGAGUUGGAGGCGCAAAUACAGCGAACCAUCAAACUGGAGGCUUUCAAUGCGGAGAAGGCUGCAGCGGCAGAGAAAGCAGCUGCAGCUGAAAAAGCCGCCGCAGCAGAGAAAAUUGAAAAGGCUGCAGCGGCCGAGAAGGCAGCAGCAGCAGCUGCAGCUGUAAAGAGCGAGGUUAUUGAUCUGGAUGAUGAGCUGCUGACCAAGGAGAGCGUCAUCAAGAAGGAAUCGCCAGUCAAGGAAGAAGUCAAGCCUGAUGCAGAAACGCAGGAAGAAGAAGCAAAAUCCGAGUCGGCCGAAACAGAGAAAUCAGCAGAAACAGAGACAAAGUCCGAAGAGACAGAGGAGAAGGAAUCGCUGUCAGGGGACUCUGAGCAAAAGGAUACAGAUAAAGAAUCUGUAGCAACGCCAAAGGCUGAUGUUGAAGCCGAAGAAAAGACUCCAACAACCGAAGAGGAGAAAAUGGAUGUUGAUGAGGUGGCCGCAGUUUCAGAGAAUGGCAGUGAAAAGGAAACGCCAACAACUGAAACUGAGAAAGACGAGAGCGAAAAAUCCUGCUCCGAAGAAGAAGACAAAGAUGAAGCUAAAUCAGAAAAGGACAGCAAAGAGAAAACAGCUGAGAAAAUGGAAACCGACGAGACAGCGGAGCCAGCAACAGAAGCUGUAAAAGAAACCGAAAAGGAAGCUGAGAAAGAGGCAGACACAGCAGAGACGACAGCAAAAGAAGCUAGCGAUAAGGAAGAAGAUGCUGAAGUUGCAAAGAAAACAGAAACAGCGACAACAGAGGAAGCUGAGAAGCCCAAAGAAGUUGCAGCUGAAGCAGAAGAAACUGCUGAGGCAACAGUUGAGCCCAAGUCGCCAAAGAAGAGCAUGGAAGAGCUGCCAGAAGAGUCCAAGGCCGCCGCCGAAUCCAAGGACGAGCCACUGGCCAAGAAGUCAGCAAGCGGUGAGCAGGAAAUACUUGACUUGGUGGCUGCUGCACCCACCGAUCCCGAUGAUGAUGAGGUAAUGAAGGAGAAGGAAAAGGCAGUGGAGGAGGAAUGCAAAAAGCAAGCUGCCGAGCUCAAGGCACGCUUCCCCGAUCUGGAGGUUAUACAGCCCGGCGCAGUGAAGCAACAAAAGCUGGAGAAGCCCAAGCUGGAGAUGUGCAUGAUACGCUGGUUCAAGGACUUUGCGUUGGAGCGUCGCAUUGCGCACAUUGUCAGCUGCGUGGAGCACAACAAGUGGCCCGUGGACAAGCACUACAGCGCCUUUGCCGGCCUCAAGGGCACCACGGAUCUCAACAUAGCGCUGCAUGAGUCCAUACCUCAUCUGAACAGCUUGGAGCGUCGCUCCACCACACCCGAUGUGAUUACCAUAACUACAGAUCAGGGAGUGACCAAGCACCUGCAAGCAUCGCAGAUGCAACAAGUGGCAAGCAAUGCCAGCAACGCAGGCGCCUCGCUGCCCACAGCCAAGACGCCCACAACGCCAGUGACAUCGCUGCCUGGCCUGGAUGCCAAUAGCAUCAAUGCUGCCAUGGCAGCUGCAGUAGCUGCUGCUGCUAGUGGCGGCAAUGCCACCUCGCUAUCCGCUCUGCUGCCCGGCAUGAGCCUGAGUGCAGCCACUGCAAGCGCCAGCGCCGGACUCGGCGCUGGACUCAAUGUGCCCAGCGCUGUAGGCGUCUCCGCCGCCGCAGGCAAGAAACGCAAGCGUCACAUUGCCAUCGAUGUGGAGACGGAGCGCGCCAAGCUGCAUGCGCUGCUCAAUAGUUCCAGCAUGGCGCCCAAAGAUUGGGAAAGCGAAAUUGCCAAUAUGGAGGCUUUGACUGGCGCCAGCGGUAGACGCGGCGGUGCUGCUGCCGCUGCCGCUUUAAGUGGCAUGCAACCACCGCCAGCGCAUCAACAUGCCUCACUUUCCAGACAAUCCUCCGGACAGUUUAACAAGCCCGCAGUGCCGGCGCUUAAAACGCCGCCGCCCUCAAUGGGCGCGCCCAUGGAUCUAAGCUCCAGCCUGCCCAAGAUGAACAUGACAGAGAUGCUAAAGAGCGCCUCCAGCGCCGGCGCCAUUGAUCUGAGCGAGGUGCAGGACUUCAGCAUGCCCAGCAAGAAGUCCAGCGUGCAUGCAGCAUUGAGCUCAGCAUUCCCCUCCAAGAGCAAACUCGAUGAUACGCUCAAUAAACUAAUGAAGAAGAAUAAUUGCACGAUUGAGGAGCCAGUUAUAGGCAAAGAAAAGAAACGCAAGAAGCUGGAUGAGAUCGUUUUGGGUUUGUCGGCUGCCAAAGAGCAAAAGACCUUCCCAGAUCCCUCAUUGCCCAGCUCCAAGAAGCCACAAAUACCGCCCAGCGUAAGCGUUACGCCCGCCAAUCUGCAAGCGCCCAGCCAAACGCAAUCCAACCAGAAACCCUUUACUAUCACUGUUACCACAGUGCCCGGAAAAUCCAAGAGCAGCCAAAGCGCCGGCGGCGCCAGCAGCUCAGCGGGCAGCAGCAGCAGCAACAACAACGCCGGCGGUCUAAGCGCAUUACAAAACAUGACCAUGGGCGGACUCUCCAGCAAGGACAGUUUGAAUGCGCUGCUAGCUCAAACUAUGGCCACCGAUCCGCAAACGUUCCUCAAGCAGCAGCAGAAGAUGAUGCAGUAUCUGCCGCCAGCGCAGCGCAAGGCGUACGAGAACAUGCUUGCCGAGAUGGAGCAGGCUAUGAAGCUGAGUGCCAAGUACUCGCCACACGAUGUCAAAGUGAACAAAUGGCUCUCGGACAUGAGCAGUCCGCUGGGCGAUCAGCUGAGCAUUGAUUUUGUGGGCGGCGGUGCUGGCGGCAGCAGCGGCAACAGCAGCAACAGCAACAGUCGUCGCUCCUCGAAUCGCCAGCAGAGCAGCAGCAGCGCUCAGCAACAGCAGCAGCAGCAGCAACAACAACAGCAGCAGCAGCAGCAACAGCAACAACAACAAUCGGGAGCACAGGGCUUGACAGGCGAGGAGCCAGUGCCGGUCAUAAACAAACAGACGGGCAAGCGUCUAGGUGGCAACAAAGCGCCACAGCUCAAGCGUCUGAUGCAAUGGCUCACUGAGAAUCCCAACUACGAGGUUGAUCCCAAAUGGCUGGAACAAAUGCAUAACCCAAUGAGCGCGCCCUCGCCCAAGCCCAGCAUGGACAACUAUGGCAGCAGCAAAUCUCAUGGUGCGCGUCCUGGCUCCAACUCGAGCAACGCCUCAUCGAGCAGCCACAGCCAGCAGCAGCAGCAGCAAUCGAGCAGCUCUGCACAGUCGUCUGCUAAUGCCAGCAGCUCCAAGAAAUCAUCGCGUCAAUCGCAAUCCGCUGCUGCCUCCGCCUUGGAUCAGGCAGCGCUGCAGUUUGGCUCGCUGGCAGGACUCAAUCCCAGUUUGCUGGCAAAUCUGCCUGGACUGGGCGGCUUUGAUCCCAAGAAUCCGCUGGCCGCCUUUGAUCCUAAGAAUCCAUUGCUCUCGAUGCCAUUCGGCGGCAUGCCCGGCAUGGGCAAUCUGCCUGGUUUGGGCAAUCUCAACAAUAUGAAUCUGUUUGCCAGUCUCGCCGGCAUGGGUGGCUUGGGAAAUCUGGCGGGCAUGGAUGCACAGUCGCUGGCUGCGCUCAUGGCUGCUGCGGGUCCAACGCUUGGCGGCCUAACAGGCAGCCAAGGCGCGGGCACCGGCAAGAGCCAGUCGCAGUCCAGCUCCAGCAACAGCAAUUCGAACAGCGCUGCCGCCGCCGCCGCAGCAGCCGCUGCUGCCAAUGCCAGCGCCUCGGCCAGCGCUGCCAGCAAGAAGAAGCAGCAACAACAGGAGGCAGCGCAGCUGGCAGCGGCCGCUGCUGCUGCAGCCGCAGUCAACAGCAAUGCCAGCUCCGGCAGCGGCAAGAACGCCAACAACUCUGCCUCGCAGUUAGCUUCAGGUUUCCCAUUCCUGUUCCCCAAUCCUUCGCUGCUGUAUCCGCCCAUGGGACUGGGUGGACUCAAUCCCUACUCGCUGGGCAGCAGCGGUCUGGGCUCCGCCUACGAUCAGCUGGCGCAGCAAUAUAAUCUGCUUAAUGGCGUAGCCACCAGCUCGGCUGCACUCACCGGCACCACGCAGAGCAGCAAAUCGCAUCAGUCGCAGUCCAGCAAGUCGAGCAGCUCCAGAGCCGCCUCCAGCUCCGCUGCAGCUGCAGCUAAUUUGAUGAAUGUCAUGGCCAGCAUGAGUGGCGCCACCUCAACCACGCCCUCGAGCAGCUCCAGCGGACGCAGUCGCCAGAGCAGCAGCCAACGCAACAACAGCGCCGCCUCGGCCACGCCCAGCGCCGCCGACAUGGCUCAACUCUCCAGUCUGCUGAUGCCAGGCGCAGAUCCGCAUUUGCUCGAAUCCCUGAGCCGCAUGAGCAGCAUGGACUUGGCCCAAGCCACGCGUCUGAUGAGCUCGCUUGGCAUUCCGCCACUGCCCACGCCCAGCAGCAGCAACAGUGGCAACAACAGCGGCAACUCCAACAGCAACAACAGCUCCAGCUCCAGCAGCGCUGCCAGCAAACGCGCCGCUGCCCAAGCUGCGGCUCAAGCUGCUGCCAAUGAAGCCUCCGCCAAGGAGCAGCAGAAAUGGUUCGAGAGCUUGGCACGCGGUGCGCUGCCCACAGAUCUGGCCGCACUGCAAGCCUUCUCCCAGGGCAAGAUGCCCAGCUCCAGCAGCAGCAGUUCGGCCAACGCCAGCAGCAGCAGCAACAGCAAAAGCUCCAAGAAUGCCGCCGCCGCUGCAGCGGCCGCCGCAGCUGCUGCCGCCGCACAGUUGCCACAAAUCCCGGGCAUGUCCAGCGAUUUCUCCCAAGCGCUGCUCGCCGAGAUGGCUGCACAGGCAAUGGCAGCCGCCGGCGGUUCAUUGCCACUAAGCGGUCCCGGCUCCUUGGCCAGUCUAGCGGGUCUUACCGGCGGCUCUGCAUCGUCGGGCGGCGGCGGUGGCGGCUCCAGCAGCAGCAGCAGCUCGGCGGCCAAGCGUCAGCGUGAGCAGGAUGCGUUCAAGCAACAGAUGGACUUCUACACCAAAUCCUUGGGUCUGGGCUCGGGCAUCUCAUUGAUACCCACGAGCUCAGCCGGCAGCAGCGCCAGCGCCAAUGCCGCUGCAGCCUAUGCCGCCGCUCUGGAUGUGGAGCAAAUGCAGCAGCAACAGGCUCACAAGUCGAAGCGCGCACGCAGCGAUAUGCAUCCCACUAAGGAGGACAUACAAGCCGCUGCGUUGGCCGUUGGUCUGCCCUUGAAUUUGGGCGCCAGCAUGAGCAGCAUCGAGAAGAGUCUGCGUGGUGUAAGCAGCUCCAGCGCCAGCUCCACACCCGCUCCGCCCACGCCUACGCCAGAGCAGGACAAGGUCACACUCACGCCUGUCAGUGCCGCCAGCUCCGGCUCCAACUCUUCCGCCUUGGCAGCCAAUCUGCCCUCGCAGACGACCAUCACCAUAGCGCCGCCCAUAAGCAGCGGCGCCAGCAGCAGCAGCGAACGCUCCGAGCGCAGCGAGUCGCGCAUAUCCUUGACCAUCACCAACGCCGCAGACGCCGCCAAACUGCCGCCACCCUACGAGGAGGCCGACGAGCUGAUCAUACAGCCCAUACUCAAAAAGCCGGCGUCGUCCACACCAGCGCCUGGCAGCAGUCAUGGCGGCAGCGUCGAGGAUCUAGACGGAGCCGGCGGCGGCGGCAAUUCAGCAGCCAAUCUUAGUGGCUCCAGUGCUGGCAGCAGUUCUGCCGCUGCUGCUGCAGCCGCCGCCGCAGCUGCUGCUGCUGAGGAAAACCGACGUUCUUCUAAUCGCUUGAAGCGUCCACGGUCCAGCACUGAACAUCCAGGCAGCGCUGCUGCUGCAGAACAGCCGCCGGAGAAGCGACGCGAGCUGCGCUCGACGCGACACACACGGCAAUCGGCAGAUGCGGCUACGCUCAACCUGUCAGCGGGGAGCGAGUCCGAGGAGCGCAAUGAAUGAGAACAGCGAAGCUCCGGUCCAGACGCCAGCGCCCCAAGAGGCGCCGCACGCACCAGACGCAGAGGCAAAAAGCCACAAAUAAAGCAGAAGCAAAAGCAACAGCAACAAAUGCAACAACAACAACAACAGCAAACAAAAAAACAAAAGGCACCGACUAUAAAGAAGCGACAAGCUAAAAAGCCUCAAAAAGUAACGAGUAGCGUGUCGACAAGAUCAAGAGCGAGUAUGAAUACUAGAGCGAGAGCGCGUAGAAACCCUAAGCUUAAAGUUGUGUAAAUUAUAAGUAAAACGCCCCCUUAUACAUAUAUAAAAUUACUAUAUAUAACUUAACAGAUAUAUAUACAUAUAUAUAUAUGCAUAUGUAUAUUUAAAUAUAGUUAUAGCGAGUAGCGAGUGUGGCGAGCAGAACGGAGGAUGCUGCUGCUGUUAAUCAGACUGAAGCUGCUGCAGUGGAUUCUGGGAUUGUGGACAACUGCUGCAAACCACGCCCACAAUCAAAGAUGAAACCGCCCAAGCUCUGAUUACAUAAAUCCCGAAGUCGAUGCUCGUCUCGUUAAAAUUGGAAUGCCCCAGGCGCACAGCAGCGAAGUUGCUGCCACUGCUGCAACAAACGGCAGCAACUGUUGCUGUUGAGCGUCGGAGAGUGUUUCACAAAUAUUUAUAAAGUAUAUUAAAGAAAGCGCUUAUAAUUUAAUUGUAAAACGGUCUACACAAAACAGAAAAGAAAUCCGUUCAAAAUGCAUGUAACGGCUUAAAUUAUUGCAAAUUUAUUAUUGUAACCUAAGCUGAUAACAGAAAAACAAAACAAAAACAAAAAUAAGAAUGUUUCAACCAAACCUAAAACUACAACUGACAAUUGAGCGUAUAAACAAACACACACACACACACACUCACACACAUGUAAAACUCGUCGUUGUCCUCGUCGUUGUCAUCGUCUUUCAAUCUACACUGUACAUAUUUUUAGUAACUUGCAACAUUUUCUUUUAAGCUCAUAUAUCAUUUAAACAAUUGUGUUUUUCUUUUAAAGUGUCUUCUGUUUAUG